CGGCGCAUUCGAAACGUCAUAUGUUUUAUUACGCCGGAACUAGAUUGACAAGCUGCAGUGCUGUCGUCUGGCGGAGCGUCGUAGCGUUGGUUAGCGCGGCCAUGUUGGCAACUUUACUUUUUGUUACCGCAUCGCAAGCGCACCACGUACCGAGUCGACGAAUCGCUUUUGUUCCGCGUAAUCUUUUGAUAUCUAUUGUUAAUUGUUACUGAUUGUUAUAGUGAAAGUGAUAAUUUAAAUUAUAGUGAACUGAUUUUAAAUUAAACCAUAACUCUAAUUAUUUUGUGUAUUAAAGUGAUUAAAGAUCGAACUUGAACUUUGUUCUCUGUAUAUACGCCCACGUUAACAUGGCUGAUCCUGAUAAUGGCGACCCCUCGCCUUUAUCAGAAGUGGGAUGUAACGCGGAGCAACAAAAGGAAGAAAGACAACAGUUACCGGAAGAAAGUAAUGCAGUUAAGUUACUAAACAGUAUGCAAGCGCUUUUCACACAAGCAUAUGAGUUGUCGAAGAUGAAAACUGCCAGUAGUAAUUCAAACCCUAGUACAAUUCAGCUCAUUCCAUUCAACCCCGAUGACCCCGAGGCUGAUAUUGAAGGUUGGUGCCGAGUCACAGAAAUAAUUGUUCAUAAGAAGUGCCUUGAGGGUGUUGAUUUGCUUGUGGCUCUUACUGGUGCAUUAAAAGGCCGUGCAGCAACAUGUAUCACUAAAUUUAACUUGAAUGAAUUGUCAUGGGAUGUUAUAAAACAGACCUUAAGGGCUAAAUUCUCUAAGCCGAAGCUGUUACAAGACUACUUCGAUGAGAUAUUACGUUUCCAAAUUAGCUCAAAGGAAACUGCUUCAGAAGGUGCCUUAAGACUGUGGAACAUGAUCGAAAGUAUUCCAAAAACCGAGAUGCAGGAAGAAGUUAUAACUGGUUUCGUGAUUUCUGUGUUAAGUCAAAAGGACAGCUUGAUACGCCGAGAGUUAAAUGCUCAUACUAUCACCACACGUGCUCAGCUGUUUAGAAUCCUCGGUGGAGUAUCGCUGAAACGACGCAUUGAAGGCCCUGAUGUUCAAGAAUUAGAUCCUAAGCGAGCCCGGUGGAGCGAAAAUACCAGAUUUCCUGGCAAAUGUCAUUGGUGUGGAUUACCUGGUCAUCGAGUAGCAGACUGUAAAAAAAAAAGAGAAGACUGUGGAUCCAGCAGAUCUGCGCAGCAAAAUGCUACAAGUUCCGCGCACGUACUAGAGAGGGGACAAACUACGUGCUACGCUUGUGGCAAAGCUGGUCACCUCGCGACAACCUGUCCUGACAGGAAGAGCGGUGCAGUUUCAAGAAAAGAGGUCAAUAUCUGCGAGCAACGACUGUCGAGGGGCAUUUUGAGGACGUCAUCUGGACCGCAAUUAGAAUCGCCCGGGGACGGUCGCAAGUCAGUCCGGCCGUGACGGCGCAUUCGAAACGUCAUAUGUUUUAUUACGCCGGAACUAGAUUGACAAGCUGCAGUGCUGUCGUCUGGCGGAGCGUCGUAGCGUUGGUUAGCGCGGCCAUGUUGGCAACUUUACUUUUUGUUACCGCAUCGCAAGCGCACCACGUACCGAGUCGACGAAUCGCUUUUGUUCCGCGUAAUCUUUUGAUAUCUAUUGUUAAUUGUUACUGAUUGUUAUAGUGAAAGUGAUAAUUUAAAUUAUAGUGAACUGAUUUUAAAUUAAACCAUAACUCUAAUUAUUUUGUGUAUUAAAGUGAUUAAAGAUCGAACUUGAA